CGACACUGAAGUAGACGAAACGACCAAACUGUUGAGUACAACACGAUGAAGUGCUUGGUUUUGGUUUUGAGCCUCGCCCUGCUGCUUACAGUUGGUGAUGCUCUCAAAUGCAAAAAGUGUUUUUUUAGGAACUGUAACAAUGAGGAAACAUGUGAUGCUGGCGAAGUGUGCGGAGUCAAGAAACUCUUUGGCAAAUUCCCUAUACAGCGCUGCGUGAGGAAAUUUAUGUGCCCACGCCUUUUUAUGAACAGAAUCGCCAAAGGAAAGUGCUGCGAGACAGACCUCUGCAACACCGCAUAAUCCACAAGAGCAUGGAAGGAAGACAUCCGAGUUUAGCAUUCAAACCAUCUUCCUUUUCGCUGUGAUUAAAGCAUUAAAAAAG